UAUUACAUUUAUUGAGAGAUUUGUUAUGGAUCCUAUAGAGCAACCUGCCUUAAAAACGGUGCCAACCGCUUUGUUAAGGAAAAGAAGACAGCUUAACAAGGAGCGUGUGGCAAAAGCCAUCGAGAAAAAGAUUCAGGAGAAGAAACGUGUAGGGAAAGCUAAAGCACCAUUCAAACGUGCUGAGUACUUUGUUAAUGAGAGCUACAGAACUGGAAUGAACGAUAAACGGAUAACAAGACUGAAACAUCAGGUUGUGAAAGUUCCAGAAACAGUCAAAAUCUUGUUCAUCAUGAGAAUGGCAAACAUCGCCGGCCCGAUGCCCCAGAAAGUUAGAAAAAUCCUCCAGCACUUGAGGCUUACAGAGAUGAACAAUGCGGUUUUGGUUCAACAUUCAGAGAAUAUGAUUGAAAAGAUUAGAAUCAUUGAACCCUAUGUCACAUGGGGCUAUCCCAGUCUGCGUUCCAUUCAUGACCUGAUCUUCAAAUAUGGGUACGGAGAAGCAGACGGGGUGAAAUCAGCUCUCAGUUCAAAUGUGAUUAUCGAGAACAAGUUCUCAAAACAAGGUCUGCUGUGUUUGGAAGAUGUGGUGAAGCAGAUCUUCGAAGCAGGACCUCAUUUUGAAAUGCUGAUAGAGUUCAUGUACCCCUUCAAGUUGCAGCCCCCAAAGGGCGGCUUCAGAAGAGUGGCAGUUCAUUUUAGUAAAAAGGGUGCCUGGGGAAACCGUGCUGAGAAGAUCAACACUCUCAUCAGGAAAAUGUUGUAAAAUGGAACACGGUGUAAAAUUCUGGCUGCUUUCGUCUUUCAGCUUUUAAGUUAUUGAGAAUAUCAUUUAAAUGACCGAUGCAGUUUUUAAUUUUUAGUGAUACGCUUUAAUGGGUGUUGAAUGUUGAUUUUAAAGCAUAAUAUCGGCUUAUAACAGUAUUUAAUGGACUUAGUGUUCUUUUAAUUUAACUUACGUGAUA